AUGUGGCCUUCAGAAACUUUGAAAAUGUUCGAAGUUUUUCCUGCUGUGGUAACUUUUUCUGCUGUGAGAUUGAGAAUGCUGGUCAAUGUGUACAACCUGACCAUUGGCACACUCUCGGUCUUUGGUACAUGGCUACAAGGUACACACAAGGAGGAUCUGCCAGUGCUUUCGACCAAUUUAACAGAUACACAUCGCGGUUUAUGUUCAUGUCCUACCGACCUUUACAAUAUCAAGAUAUGUCCUGCUAAAGCAGACUGUUGGAAUACCACAGAAAGUGUUAUAUAUCACGCAACGCCAGAUGGACAGUGCACAGCAUAUAUAAACUGUGAUCAUCCUCCCUACGAUCGCUUAACAAUGCUACAAACCGAUGGUAAAUUCCGGACCUCUUCACGUACGUUCCAUGCACAUAUUGCUAAUUGCCUUUCAGUGUGGAAUCUCUCUUAG